UUACGCGAAAGGUGCCCCCAAAAAUAGUUCAUUGUUUCGCCCGCAGAGCCGUUGCUGUUGCGGUGGCUCUUUCUCGGAAUGUUUGUGUACAUAUAGCCGCCUGCCAUUUUUCGCAGCGCGGUGCCUAUUAGGGUUAUGAUUAGUUUGCGACGCCCGUUUUCCCACUGAUCUGCGUGUUUGAUUGGAGCGCCGAAUGCGAUACCAGUGUUUUCUUACAUGUUGAUUACGAGCUAUGCCAGCGGCGUGCAGCAGCUAUCAACCAGCAGCACAGUCAACCAUCAACCAAGUGCCGUACAGUUAAUUUCACCCCUUACCAAAGAAAAUGGCCCAACGAUUCCCGGCUGCCGGUGGGAUGCCGCAGCGUUACGCUUCACCGAUGGCCAACGCUUCCUUUAUGCGUCCGUACGGUCCGGGAUCCAAUUUCAUGCCAAGAAGCUUUUCUGCUCAGCCACCGAUGGGCGGAGGUGGGCCCCACUCGGCGCCACCAUCGCCCCAGGUGCAGAUGCACCACCAACGCCCAUUGCAGAAUGGCUACCUGGUAGCCAGCGGCAGUGGUGGAAGAGGCUCUGGUGGUGGCGGGGGCAGCAAACGUGGUGGAGACCGUAGUGCUUCCCAUGCCAAACCCUCAUCCGGCAGCGAAUAUCAGGCGAAGAAACGGAAGAAGCUGGCCGACAAGAUACUGGCGCAGAUGGUGCGUGAUCUCGUGCCGGAGUCACAGGCGUACAUGGAUCUGCUCGCGUUCGAGCGCAAGCUGGACGCGACGAUCACGCGCAAGCGGCUCGACAUCCAGGAAACGCUCAAGCGCCCGAUGAAGCAGAAGCGCAAGCUGCGCAUCUUCAUUUCUAACACGUUCUACCCGGCACCGGCGGGGAGCGAUCCGCACCAGCCGCCGGUCGAACCGUCCUGGGAGCUGCGGGUCGAGGGCCGGCUGCUGGAGGAGGCCGGCGGCCGGUCGGAGGCCGGGCCGAAGGUGAAGCGCAAGUUCAGCAGCUUCUUCAAGUCGCUCGUGAUCGAGCUGGACAAGGAGCUGUACGGGCCAGACAACUAUCUGGUCGAGUGGCACCGGACGCACGCGACGCAGGAGACGGACGGGUUUCAGGUGAAGCGCACCGGCGGCCGGAACGUGCGCUGCACCAUACUGCUGCUGCUCGACUAUCAGCCGCUGCAGUUCAAGCUCGAUCCGCGCCUGGCCCGGCUGCUCGGGGUGCACACGCAGACGCGCCCGGUCAUCAUUUCCGCCUUGUGGCAGUACAUCAAGACGCACCGGCUGCAGGAUGCGCACGAGCGCGAGUACAUCGUGUGCGACAAGUAUCUCGAGCAGAUAUUUGCCUGCCAGCGCAUGAAGUUUGCGGAGAUACCGCAGCGGCUGAAUCCGCUGCUCCACCCGCCCGAUCCGAUCGUGAUCAAUCACGUGAUCACGGUCGAGGGCGGUGCCGGCGGCAGUGGUGAAAGCCAGCCCGGUGAGGGCAAGCAGACCGCCUGCUACGACAUCGACGUCGAGGUGGACGACGCGCUCAAGCACCAGAUGAACAGCUUCCUGAUGAACACCGCGAGCCAGCAGGAGAUACAGGCGCUGGAUGCCAAGAUCCACGACACGGUCGAGACGAUCCAGCAGCUGAAGACGAACCGCGAGUUUUACCUGUCCUUCGCCAAAGAGCCGCACACGUUCGUGCACCGGUGGAUCGUGUCGCAGCAGCGCGACCUGAAGACGAUGACGGACGUGGUCGGCAACCCGGAGGAGGAGCGGCGGGCCGAGUUUUACCACCAGCCCUGGACGCAGGAGGCCGUGUCGCGCUACUUCUUCGCGAAGGUCAACCAGAAGCGGGCGGAGCUGGAGCAGACGCUCGGCAUUCGUAACGCGUGAAACUAGGCAGCAAGAAAGAAAGAGAGAGGGAGGGAAAGAAGGAGAUAGAGAGGGCAGAACGGGGACAACCCCAGCCCAGAAAGAUGAACUUGGCAGAAUGCCAGAAUGACCAAACUUACACCCUUUCCACAACGCCCCCUAACCCCCCGAAUUGCGUACAAAUCUCACACCGUGUGCCGGCAAUUAGCAUUAAAACUUACGAAGGAACUGUAUACGUUUAGUAUGAAUUAUGAAAACUUAAGAUGGAAUUGUAAGAUUGCAGAAAUAUAUAUAUACAUAUACACACAUACAUAAAAAAA